CACUCUCAUUUUCCAUUCGCUAGGGUUUUCAACAAAAAAAUGGCGGAAAGAGCACCGAUCGAAUCCGUGCAAUGCUUCGGCCGCAAGAAGACGGCGGUGGCGGUUACCCACUGCAAGCGAGGCCGUGGGCUUAUCAAGAUUAACGGUUGUCCUAUCGAGCUUGUUGAGCCCGAAAUCCUCCGUUUCAAGGCCGUCGAGCCAAUUCUUCUCCUCGGCCGCCAGCGUUUUGCCGGCGUCGACAUGAGGAUCCGUGUUAAAGGCGGAGGCCACACUUCUCAGAUCUACGCCAUCCGUCAAAGCAUUGCUAAGGCCCUCGUCGCUUUCUACCAGAAGUACGUCGAUGAGCAAAGCAAGAAGGAGAUUAAGGAUAUCUUAGUCGGGUACGAUAGGACUUUGCUGGUGGCUGAUCCGAGGAGGUGCGAGCCCAAGAAAUUCGGUGGAAGAGGUGCUAGGGCAAGGUUCCAGAAGAGUUACCGUUGAAGAAGUUUUAUGGUUUGUUCGCGAAACUUCGUUUUGUUUUACAAGAGAUACUAUGUUUAUGUUCAUUUUGAAUUAAGUUUUGCUAUGUUCGUGGAUUAAAAUUAGCUCAUGACUGAGGUUCAGACUUCAAAUGUUUGUUUUGCUUUUAUCUUAAUUUAGACUCAUUCCUUAGAUUA